CGUUCGCACCUGAACUAACACAGACCACGAUGAACUCGCUGGUGGUGUUGUUUACCGUGAUGGCGCUGGCCGCCGCCAGCCCCUCGGGCCUGCUGGCGCCCGCGCCGCUGCCGCUGGCGUACUCCGCGCCGCUGCUGGCCGCCGCGCCCGCCGCCGUCUCCAGUCAGUCCCGCCUCGACAUCAAGUCCUCGCCGGCCGUCGUCAGCACUUCAUACGCCGCUGCUCCCGUGGCCUACGCCGCACCGGCUCCCAUUGCUCCCGUGGCUUACUCCGCACCUGUGGCUGCCGCUGCUAUCGCGCCCGCUGCCGUCUCACACCAGUCCCGCAUUGACAUCAAGUCAUCCCCGGCUGUCGUCAGCACUUCUUACGCUGCUUCUCCCAUUGCCGCUGCGGCUCCCGUCGCGUACAGCGCCCCUAUUGCUUACUCUGCGCCGGUGGCCGCUGCGGCCAUCGCUCCCGCCGCAGUCUCCCACCAGUCCCGUGUCGAUAUCAAGUCAUGCCCGGCUAUCGUUAGCACUUCCUACGCCGCCGCUCCCGUCGCCUACGCUGCUGCUGCCCCCAUCGCCUACAGCACCCCGCUGAUCAAGACCGCGGCCGUCGCCACUCCCGUCGUCGCUACUGCUGGCUACGCGGCGCCCAUCGCCACUGCCGCCCUGCCCCUGGACACUCCCGAGGUGAUCGCCGCCCGUGCCGCGCACUUCGAGGCCUAUGCGCUCGCCGGCUCGCACCUGAUCAAGAAGCGCUCGGCGCCGCUGUACGCCGCCCCGGUCGUGUCCACCUACUCCGCGCCGCUCGCCUACUCCGCGCCCAUCGCUCCCGUGACGUCGUACGCCUCCUACACCCCCCUCACCUACUCCUCGCCCCUCAUCACCAAGGCCUACAGCGUGCACCCCUGGUGAGCGCCAUCACGGUAACGAGGAUUUACUCGCCUCGGUUCAGCGACAUCGAACGACAAUCAUUAACUUGUAAAUAAAAGGAAACAAAUGAUAA